AUGGAUCGGUCCGAGGCGACGCAAAGAUCUAAAGAGGACAAGCCGUCUAAGAUCGACGAAGCUGACUCCGCAGAAGCACCAGUCUACUAUCACGAGAGUGGAGAUUUGUUUGCCGAAGACAUCGAGCAACACCUGGCGGUGUUACCAGAGAUGUCCACUGCUACGGAAGAAGUGACAAUUAACGACAUUCAGAUCGGCGAUCCGGACGUUCCUCUCACCGCAGAUCAACAAAGACUCAGAUCGCUGAUUUGGAGGAGCCGUCACCUUCUUAUGGGGAAGGGCAAUGCUCUACCACCAGCGGCAUGA